AUGGCUGCUUUACUCAGGCCCCUUGCGACAGGGUCGUGGAAGAGUUCCACGCGAUUUUCCUAUCUUGUGUUUGCGGCGUUCGGGAUUCUCCUUUUUCUAGGCUCAUCUCUCUAUCUCUUCCCGACCGGCUAUGAGCGUCGCCCCGUCGACUGGGGCGUCAUCCACGAAGCGCCAGGCGCCCAUCCUAUCGACUACCUGAUCGUUGACGCCAACGACCAAUGGCUCCGUAUCCUCGCGCAGGAGAGCCACGACGUCAAGAACGCAUCCAGCCGGUACCGGCAGCGGCGUGGCCGUCACCCGCCCCCGGGUUUUGACAAGUGGUUCGAGUUCGCUCGGUCCAAAGAUGCGAUCAUGGUGGAGGAUUUCUUCGACCAGAUAUACGACGACCUGAGCCCGUACUGGGGUAUGAGUCCGGAAGAGCUGCGUCGGCAGGCCAGCGGACAAACGCCGCGCAUCGUUGUGCGUAAUAACAACGCCACGAAUGUGGGACAGGCAGGACCUGCACACUGGAUGGAGGCAUGGCUGGAGAUGGUCUCCGGGAUUCAGGAGUACCUGCCGGAUCUUGAUAUGCCCGUCAACGGAAUGGAUGAAUCGCGGAUUAUCACCCCCUGGGAGACUAUUGCCGAGUAUACAUUGCAGGAACGGUCGAAGCGUCGGCUUGUGAACGCCACCGAGAUCGUGUCGGAGUAUAUGACCCUGCCGGACCCGAAAGUGGUAAAGCCGGAACUAUUCGAGCCGAUAAUGGGGAAUCCUGGUGUUUGGAACAUGGUGCGCGCAUCCUGUCCUCCGGAUAGUCCAUCGCGCAACAGCAACAUGCCGACGAUGGACUUCGCGAACCCGCCUGCGGCUUUUAACAACUACCUAAACAUCUCGGAAGAUGGCUACGUGAAGAACUGGACGCUGUCCAAGGACCCGUGCGUUCGUCCAGAGUUACAGUCGCUUCAUGGAACGUUUAUCGAGCCGAUCACUGUGCGGUCGAGCACUAAACUGUUCCCGCUGUUCGGCGGAUCCAAGCUGCCCGUGAACAACGAGAUCCUCAUCCCACCGGCGAUGUACUGGGCCGACGACCCCUUAUACUCGGGCGGAGAAGACCACGGCGGAUCGUGGUCCGACAAGAAGGACGUGUUUUUCUGGCGCGGCCUUGCAUCAGGCGGCAGAAACCGCGAGGAGACGUGGACCGGCUUCCAGCGCCACCGUUUCGUCUCGAUGAUCAACGGGACCCAGGUUGGACUGGCGCAAAGCAACGACUCGCACUUUGUCAACUUCCGCCUCCCCGACUACGAUUACUACCAGCUUGCCAGUGGGCGUGCGGGUAAACUGCCCGAGUUCCUCGACAACCAUACCGAUGUCGGGUUCACUGGGCUGGCGUGUUUCCCCAACACCCACGAGCCGUUCUGCGACUACACGGAUCCGUACUUCUCGCUGAAGCCGAAGACGCCUAUGAAAGAGAUGUACGCGAACAAGUAUCUCCCGGACAUCGACGGGAACUCCUUCAGCGGCCGGUAUCGUGCGUUCCUCUUGUCGACUUCGCUGCCGAUCAAGGCGACCAUCUAUAACGAGUGGCAUGACUCCCGGCUCAUCCCGUGGGCUCAUUUCGUCCCCAUGGAUAGUACUUUCAUGGAUAUCUAUGGGCUCAUGGAGUAUUUCCUCGGGUUUGAGGGGGACCCCGGCCACGACUCCAUUGCUAAGAAGAUUGCGAUGGAUGGGAAGAGCUGGGCGGAGAGAGUGCUUCGACGAGAGGAUAUGCAGAUCUACGUUUAUCGCUUGCUCCUGGAGUAUGCGCGGAUUUGUGACGACCGACGAGAUGUGUUGGGAUAUGUUGACGAUCUACGGUGA